AUGACUCACAGUAACACAGGGCUGAUAGAAGUGAUUGCCCCGCCCCCGAUUAUGACUCACACUAACACGGGGCUGAUAGAAGUGAUGGCACCGCCCCCGAUUAUAAAUCACAAUAACAUGGGGCUAAUAGAAAUGAUGGCUCCACCCCCGAUUAUGACUCACACUAACAUGGGGCUGAUAGAAGUGAUUGCACCGCCCCCGAUUAUGCCUCACACUAACAUGGGGAGGAUAGAAGUGAUUGCCCCGCCCCCGAUUAUGACUCACACUAACACGGGGCUGAUAGAAGUGAUGGCACCGCCCCCAAUUAUGGCUUACACUAACAUGGGGCUGAUAGAAGUGAUGGCACAGCCCCCGAUUAUGACUCACACUAAUAUGAGGCUGAUAGAAGUGAUGGCUCCACCCCCGAUUAUGACUCACGCUAACAUGGGGGUGAUAGAAGAGAUGGCACCGCCCCCGAUUAUAACUCACACUAAGAUGGGGCUGAUAGAAGUGAUGGCCCCGCCCCCGAUUAUGACUCACACUAACAUGGGGCUGAUAGAAGUGAUGGCUCCACCCCCGAUUAUGACUCACACUAACAUGGGGCUGAUAGAAGUGAUGGCUCCACCCUCGAUUAUGACUCACACUAACAUGGGGCUGAUAGAAGUGAUGGCACCGCCCCCGAUUAAAAAUCACACUAACAUGGGGAGGAUAGAAGGGAUUGCACCGCCCCCGAUUAUGCCUCACACUAACAUGGGGCUGAUAGAAGUGAUGGCUCCAACCCCGAUUAUGCCUCACACUAACAUGGGGCUGAUAGAAGUGAUGGCACCGCCCCCGAUUAUGGCUCACACUAACAUGGGGCUGAUAGAAGUGAUGGCACCGCCCCCGAUUAUGACUCACACUAACAUGGGGCUGAUAGAAGUGAUGGCACCCCCCCCGAUUAUGGCUCACACUAACAUGGAGCUGAUAGAAGUGAUGGCACCGCCCCCGAUUAUGACUCACACUAACAUUGGGCUGAUAGAAGUGAUGGCACCGCCCCCGAUUAUGCCUCACACUAACAUGGGGCUGAUAGAAGUGAUGGCUCCACCCUCGAUUAUGACUCACACUAACAUGGGGCUGAUAGAAGUGAUGGCACCGCCCCCGAUUAAAAAUCACACUAACAUGGGGAGGAUAGAAGGGAUUGCACCGCCCCCGAUUAUGCCUCACACUAACAUGGGGCUGAUAGAAGUGAUGGCUCCAACCCCGAUUAUGCCUCACACUAACAUGGGGCUGAUAGAAGUGAUGGCACCGCCCCCGAUUAUGGCUCACACUAACAUGGGGCUGAUAGAAGUGAUGGCACCGCCCCCGAUUAUGACUCACACUAACAUGGGGCUGAUAGAAGUGAUGGCACCGCCCCCGAUUAAAAAUCACACUAACAUGGGGAGGAUAGAAGGGAUUGCACCGCCCCCGAUUAUGCCUCACACUAACAUGGGGCUGAUAGAAGUGAUGGCUCCAACCCCGAUUAUGCCUCACACUAACAUGGGGCUGAUAGAAGUGAUGGCACCGCCCCCGAUUAUGGCUCACACUAACAUGGGGCUGAUAGAAGUGAUGGCACCGCCCCCGAUUAUGACUCACACUAACAUGGGGCUGAUAGAAGUGAUGGCACCGCCCCCGAUUAUGGCUCACACUAACAUGGAGCUGAUAGAAGUGAUGGCACCGCCCCCGAUUAUGACUCACACUAACAUUGGGCAGAUAGAAGUGAUGGCACCGCCCCCGAUUAUGCCUCACACUAACAUGGGGCUGAUAGAAGUGAUGGCACCGCCCCCGAUUAUGGCUCACACUAACAUGGGGCUGAUAGAAGUGAUGGCUCCAACCCCGAUUAUGCCUCACACUAACAUGGGGCUGAUAGAAGUGAUGGCUCCACCCCCGAUUAUGACUCACACUAACAUGGGGCUGAUAGAAGUGAUGGCACCACCCCCGAUUAUGACUCACUCUAACAUAGGGCUGAUAGAAGUGAUGGCUCCACCCCCGAUUAUGGCUCACACUAACAUGGGGAGGAUAGAAGUGAUUACACCGCCCCCGAUUAUGCCUCACACUAACAUGGGGCUGAUAGAAGUGAUGGCUCCAACCCCGAUUAUGCCUCACACUAACAUGGGGCUGAUAGAAGUGAUGGCUCCAACCCCGAUUAUGCCUCACACUAACAUGGGGCUGAUAGAAGUGAUGGCUCCACCCCCGAUUAUGACUCACACUAACAUGGGGCUGAUAGAAGUGAUGGCACCACCCCCGAUUAUGACUCACUCUAACAUAGGGCUGAUAGAAGUGAUGGCUCCACCCCCGAUUAUGGCUCACACUAACAUGGGGAGGAUAGAAGUGAUUGCACCGCCCCCGAUUAUGCCUCACACUAACAUGGGGCUGAUAGAAGUGAUGGCUCCACCCCCGAUUAUGACUUACACUAACAUGGGGCUGAUAGAAGUGAUGGCUCCAACCCCGAUUAUGCCUCACACUAACAUGGGGCUGAUAGAAGUAAUGGCUCCACCCCCGAUUAUGACUCACACUAACAUGGGGCUGAUAGAAGUGAUGGCACCGCCCCCGAUUAAAAAUCACACUAACAUGGGGCUGAUAGAAGUGAUGGCACCGCCCCCGAUUAUGGCUCACGCCGGCAUCAUAGACAGCAACGUGAAACGCGCUAGAGGUGACUUUUCUGGGGGGCAGAAACUUAAUAGGAAGGACGAGGAGCAGGAGUUGGGAGGGAUGAAGGUCAUCUGGAUGAACUGGAAGUCCUUCUCCAUGGAAAACUUGACCUCAGCAGCAACCUCCUACAAGCUCAUGAAUAGAAUGCCAGAAACAGAGUGA